ACUUUUUGUUUGGGGUCGGCUUUUGCGAAUCAUCAGUUCGCAGCAAGUUUUCGCCUGAAUAGGAUCACGCUGCAUUUAGGUACGGUUAAUUUUCGCGAACGAUGCUUCUUAUUUAUUUUUACAGUGUACCAUAUCGAGAAGUAAUCACCGAAUUGAAACAUUUUUCGAUAUCCACUCUUUGAUAAUGGAUUUUAUAAUAGCUGGUUUAGCGGCUGUUGGUGCAGGGAUUUUUUCGAACCCCUUAGAAGUGAUUAAAAUUCGUAUGCAACUUCAAGGGGAAUUACAAGCACGUGGUGAACAUCCCGUACAUUAUCGGAAUGUUUUUCAUGCCACUUAUACAAUUGCGAAACACGACGGGUUACAAGCUUUGCAAGCCGGUCUUGUUCCCGCUUUGUGGUUUCAAUUUAUUUUAAACACGUGCAGACUUGGGGGGUAUGAUUAUGUGAUAAAAAAGGGAUACACAAAGAACGAAAAGGGGGAAACGAUUUUUUAUAAAAGCGUUUUAGCUGGGGGAUUGGCUGGAAAUGUUGGGGCUUUCGUUGCUAGCCCUUUUUUUCUUGUAAAAACACAUCUUCAAGGUCAAGCGGCGGAACAAAUAGCGUUUGGGUAUCAACAUCAUCAUGCGGGGAUGUGGUCAGCUUUUAAAAAAAUAUUUACGGAGCAUGGAAUUCAGGGUUUAUAUAGAGGAUCAACAUCGGCGAUUCCUCGCUCAUUUUUAGGCUCAACAGCUCAAUUAACAACGUUUACGUACUCAAAAGAAAUUUCGCAAAAAUAUAAACUCCUCACAAAUUAUCCACUUCUUGAAACAUUCAUGGCCAGCAUGAUUUCCGGCUUAUUUUUAAGCGUUAUGAUUACCCCUUUCGAUUUAGUUUGUAUCCGACUUUACAAUCAAGGUGUUGAUUCAAAAGGAAAAGGUCUCUUAUACAACAAUUUCUUAGAUUGCUUCUUAAAAGUUUCAAAAUCGGAAGGUUUUUGGGGAUUUUAUAAAGGGAUAGGCCCUUGUUAUUUGAGAUUAGGUCCUCACACCGUGCUAAGUUUGGUGUUUUGGGAUAUUUUAAAAGACGUUCAUAAAAAUAUCGAUCAAAAAAUUUCUUUGGUGCACACAAACUAAAUCAACAUUCAAUAUUUUUCAUUCAAAAACAGUUAUUUAACUUUAAUAAAUCUGUGAUAAGUCAAUAUUUUAAAAUAAUGUUGGAAUGUAAAAAUGUAUAUUUGUUCAAACGAGUUAAUAUUAUUCUGUUUUGUUUAAUAAAGAUUAUCGUGAGUGUUUGUUGCGAGUAUGUAGCACGUUUUCAGUUGCUGGCAGUUUAAAAUCAAGACGUAUAAAUAGACUCGUGUGUAAAUGUGCACGAGUUAAACGCCUGAUAACAACAGAAUUCAAUUUGAGGUCCUUGGCGGAUAUUGUGUGAUUUGUACUAAAUUUAAAUUAAAUUUUUUUUUAAAUAAU